CAGCAGUCAGAUACAGUGUGCACUUGCACAUCACGCAUCCCGUAAUAUCGACACCGGACUGCACGUCUUGCCAAUUAGCCUUGUCCCAGUGUGACCAUGUCCUUCGCCCCGCCAUCCGCCGUUCGGGAAGGCCCAUCGCAUCUGCCCGGAGUCACCCGAUUAACUUACUCUCGGGAUGGAACAACGAUCUUUACGGGAGGUUCAGACUGCAUGCUCCGGUAUCAUAACGUCAAUGAACCGGAUACCGAACCGGGGUUCUUUGACGAACAUCGAGAUCCUAUCACUUGUCUAGCUACCACGUCUUCCAACCUGCUCACGGGAUGCAUAGAUGGAACGACCCGCUCGUUCGACUACCCGGCCAACGAAUUCGCCGGGAAUCUAGCCCGAUCUUCUGGGGUUGCUGUUAGAUGGCUAGCCAUCGAUCAGGGUGGAGAAAAGGUGGCAUUAUGUUCCGACGACCUGCUAGUCAAGAUCGUCAACAUCCGGGACCCGAUACAGAUCAGCGUCCUCCCUGGCCUUUCUCGACCCGUCCGAUCUGCCUCAUGGCAUACACGGCAAGACAUGCUCACUAUAAUCACCUCGGAUGGAAAGAUCCAGAUCUACGGAUUUGAAGAUGGAAACGCUUCGUGCUUGAAGACCAUCGAAGCGAUGGCUGCUCCGGGGAAACCAGAUGAUGAGCUACCUUGUGCUGUGGCAUGGCACCCGAAGGGCGAUUACUUUGUUGUACCAACACGGAGUCAUGAUAUCGCCAUUGUGGACCGGGAUACAUGGACGAGACAGGGCAAUUUCUCUGCUUCUGGACACGAUGGCGAGAUAGGGUUGUUGGCUUGGUCGCCGAACGGACUUUACCUCGCCUCCAGUGGUAAAGACGAUCAGAUCAUCGUAUGGGAGACUGAAGGGAGGCAGCCUGUAGCAAGGGUCAAGGUCAACGGCGGGACCGUGACGGGUUUGGAGUUCUCACCGACAGACAAUGCUCUCUCCUGGGCGUGUGUUGACGGGACUUUCAACACCUGGACAGAUCCCGUUCCAGCAGAAAAGCCUCACCCGGCUCAACAACCUCGCGUUCACGCGACGAGGCAGAACGGGCUGGGCGAUGGUGGCGAAGGUCUCAAACAGCUCGACGGGGAGGAUGACGAUGAUAUGGGGGAGGACCUGGCGGAUUUCGAUAAUGACGAUUGGAUCGUCGAUGAUGAGGAUGGGGGCAAGUAUAGGGAGAGGGAGACCAGUCCGAAUGUUGGUAAUGGGGUGAGGGAAGUCGUUGGAAUUACGAAAGCGCAGGCCGCUUUUCAACCUGGUUCGACGGCCAUGCGAAACAAGAAGAGAUACCUAGCUUUCAACAUGAUCGGAGUCGUCGAUGUUACGGAUCAGGAUACACAUCACGUGGUCAACGUCGAGUUUCACGACAAGAGCGCCGACCGGAGAGGUUAUCACUUCCAGGAUCACAACCGCUUCCAUCUGGCAGCUGUCGGUGAGCAGGGAAUCGUCUAUGGAUCUCACGCCGACGGGGAUCUUCCAGCGCUGGUGCACUACCGAGCGUAUGAUACGUGGGCAUCGGGAGCCGACUGGCAGGUGUCAUUACCAGCGGGCGAGCAGCCGGUCCUGCUCGCUGCCGGAGGCAAGCCAUUAGCUAACGAGUUCGAAGUGGAGAGCCAGAACAUGGGCAGCGUCAUCGUCGCAACAUCCAGAGGAUUCAUCCGGUUCUUCACUGGCAGCGGGGUUCAACGCUAUCUGUGGCGUAUGGGAGAGGAGAUGGUCAGCAUGGCUGCAAGUCACGAGAUGGCUUUCCUGGUACACAGGGAAGGCGGGACGAGUUUGGAUGGUUGCCAAAACCUGAGAUAUACUUUGGUCGACCUCGAUAGCUAUGACAUCGUUCAAGAAGGCCGAAUCCCAUUACCCAAAAAGACUACCCUUGCUUGGAUAGGGUUCUCACAAAGCGGCGCGCCGGCGAUGUAUGAUUCGGACGGUCUGCUGUCCUUGCUUGACCGAAGCCGGCGUCAAGGACAGGCUCGAUGGUCACCGUUAGUGGACACUCGAGGGUUGGUGAAGAAGGAAGGAGGGAACCAAACGGCAUACUGGCCCGUUGGGUUGACCGACAAGCAGAUGAUGUGUGUGAUUCUCAAGGGGAACGAGCGGGAACCGUACUUCCCUCGGCCGGUCAUAUUAGAUGUCGAUAUGACGAUACCUCUACUCAAUUUGGAUAUUUCGCAAGGUCAACUUGAAGAAAAACUGAUGCAAGAGCAACUCCAGCUGAACUUGCUGAGAGACAUGGUCAAAGAGCGCUCAGAGCUAUCCUACGAUAUCAGCAAAAUCGAGGUAUCACAGGACAAGGAGCUGAUCCAACUCGUUCAGGCGGCUUGCAAGGCUGACAAGUUGCAACGAGCUCUUGACAUUGUCCGGAUGAUGAACAACGUCAAGUCGAUGGAAGCAGCGGCCAAGGUCGCGCAGUUCUACCACUUGCCAGGAUUGCAGGAGAAGAUCGGGAUCAUCCGAGAGGCGACGGAAGAGAAGCGGAGGGAGAAGGAACGGAACGAACGCUACGGUGGCUAUCGAAUGGUGGCGAGAGAGACCCCUCUUCCCGAGAGCCCGUACGGCGUCGCUUCUAAAGCUUCCCUAGCAGCAGCUCGGCAGGACACCGACUUCGCACCCAGAACAGCAAUGUCGAAGCGUACAGCAAGAGCUUCUGUAGGAGCGCAUCUCAAUGCCGCUGCUGUACCGGUCCCCCGAUAUGUGUCGGAGACUCCAGAACCGAUGAGUAUGCCCAUACAAGACGACAAAGAUGUAUCACCACCGAGCCCUGAAACCAAACGGAGGCGAUUGAACAAUGGUCAUGCUGAGGAGGACGGCUUCAAAAGGCCGCAACCGCCUAGCGAGUCGAUCGCCUCGGAACCGGUACACAAGUCCGGAGGCUUGAAGAACCCAUUUGCGCGCAAAGCGCCAGCUUCUAAUCCUUUUGCCAAAUCCAACAUCGCUAAUACUACCUUAGCAAAGAAGAGCUAUUCGUUCUUCGACAAGGUCGAGGAUGCCGAACAGGCUGCUAAGAAGAACGCCGCUAAAAACGGAGCCUCUAAUGCGGCAAAGAAGACCGCUAAGCAGACUACGCUCUCUUUAGCACCCAAGGCACCUGUGACGCGGCCUUCGCUCCAGAGCGAAGAUUCUCUGGCUUCGACCGUCGUAGAUUCGAUAGCGGAUACCGAGCAGGACGACGUGGACAUGGAGGACGGGCUGGAGGAAACGCAGACGGAUGGCAUGUCUCUUCGAGCGAGCCCUGACCCCCUAGAUGAACAAGCGGUAGCGGACGACGAUGCUGAACCUCUCGAAGUGAGUAAACUCUCGUCUCUCAACCAUAUGCAAACAUUCGUUGAGCGCUGAACGAAACCUUUUGGACUUGCGCCCGCAGUGGGAAGAUUCGGAUAAUGAGGAUGCGCCGGUACAGCGACCUGAGUCUCUGGAGGCAUGAUCAUUGAUACGAAUACCCUUUCGCAGCUGCAGGUUGCUCUUAUGGAGCAACCUGCGUGUUCUGAUAUAAGUUGUAGUAUUAGAUAGCAUUUUCAUAAUGAACCCCUUGUACUGAUUGAUACCUGACAGAAGCGCGCGCUUAUAUUUGGUUGCCUCC